AUGCAGGAGAUCCACGAAGGAAAGACAGUGAUGGUGCUCAGUGACGUUGUUGUAAAUGGAGGGGUUCUUCAUAAACAGCUCGUCAACCACCUCGAAGAGGAGGUCUGCUGGACGGAGAAAGGAGGUCUGUGGCUGAACGUUGUGGUGAAAGAGGAGGAGGAAGAGGAGGCUGUUACAGUGAAAGAAGAGGUAGAGGAUGAGGCUGUUACAGUGAAAGAAGAGGAAGACGCGUUCAGAGUGAAAGAGGAGGAGGAGGAUGUUACAGUAAAAGAAGAGGAGGAUCAGAAAGAGGAGGAUGUAGUUUUUGGUGUGAAAGAAGAGGAGGUUGGAGAUCCGUUUAACCCCAGAGAGAUACUUCACUAUUGUGGAUCAUCUGGGGAGCCUCAACAAUUUCAAGAUGCUGAAGAGGCAGAGAAGAGUCUCUCCAGAUCAGUACACCUCAAUAAACACCAGCAGAGAUCCACAGGGAAGAGAACUCACUGCUGCUCUGACUGUGGGAUGAGAUUCACCUCAUCAGGCAUUAAAAUUCACCAGAGAACACACACAGGAGAGAAAUCUUAUAGCUGUGAUCAAUGUGGGAAGAGUUUUGGUCGAUCUAGCCAUCUGACUCAACACCAGAGAACACACACAGGAGAGAAACCUUAUAGCUGUGGUCAAUGUGGGAAGAGUUUUGGUCAUUCUGCCAAUCUGGUAUCACACCAGAGAACACACACAGGAGAGAAAGCUCAUACCUGUGAUCAAUGUGACAAGAGAUACUCUGUUAAAAGACAUCUGAUCAAACAUCAGAAAAUACAUGAAGCAGUUGUUUCAUGAUAUCAAUGAAUUAAUGUCACAAUGUAGAAUGUUUUUAAAAAUGUAGAAGGAGUAUUUUAAUAUAGAACCCUAAACUUUUGCCCCAUUCAAUUGAUUUCAGCCUUAGGAAAAAUCCAGGCUCUUGAAAGAGUACUAUUUAUGUGAUUUAACAAAAAAGUGACUAACACAAAAAGAGCUGUGUUACACUUACCAUGUUGGUGAACCAUUUGAAUCAAAAUGCAACACUUCAAAAUGUGGCGAGCGAUCUGUUUCCUACAAAUUGUCCUCUAUCCAGGGAUGUACACAUUACUCCCACAUUCCGUGUGGUUUUUGAGCUGUUAGUUUUAACAGGAUGUGCAACCUCAUCUCCCUCCUGUCACACAAUUGAUUUCAACAUGAUAUCGUUGAGUGAUGACAAAUAAGUGUUGCGUUCCUUUGUUUUGCAACCCCUACAUUUAAAUGCAUCACUCUAAAAUGUAGCUGACUGUCUUCUGCAGGUUGUCCUCUAACCAGUGAGGUAAAAUAUAUCUCCCAUUUCCAUGUGUUUUUUUAGUUGUGUUAGUUUCAACAGCAUCUAAUUGAAUUCAUUGAUUUAUUGCUACUUGUCAAAACAACAGCGUUUCUGGUGCUUGUGCAGUUUAUAAGGUGCUUGUUUAAGUAAUAUGAUUAUUGUGGCAGAUGUUUGUGUAUAUAGUACAUUUUACGUUUAGGUUUUCAAUUUAUCACAAACUGUUUCUGCAUUUGGACUAUUGAUUUGACACGUUUAAACUGUGACAUUGGGGAUAUCCCACCUAGCAAAAUGUCGUUGAAAAUAAGACUAUGCCCGACGUACAAUAUAAGUUUGGUUUUAGUUGAAAAGAAAACUAUUUAAUUUCAACGUACGUGCAGCUUAUACACAUGGACGCAGUAUAAUAAAUCGGUCUAUAAUCAACUAACAAUCCGAAUAAAUUGAGUCAUAAAUGUAGGAUAUAUUUGUUGUCUUAAGGGGGAAGGUGUUAGUCUUUGGUUUUUCCAUUUAUGCUUGGAAGUUAGCAAGUAUAGCUCGUUAGCACGUCUAGCUCGUCAGCAAUAAGGACGCACUGAUUGGUGUCACCUCGUUAGUCAGUAUGUGUUACACCUGUGCUGGCUUGUCCAUCUCGUUAGUGGGAAGGUGUUUCACCUGAGCUGGUCCAGGUUCUAUUUAAGAGUGUCUGGCCCAGUGCUCCAGUUGUCUUGAUAGAUGUGGAGAGUCAACACCUUUAGUUGCUCCACCUUUGUUUUGGUUUGGGUUUUUCUUUUGUUUCCCUCCUGGGCAGAUUUAGUGGGUCUCAUGGUGGGUGUCUUUUAGGUCCUAGUUGUUGUUAAUAGUCAAUUUUCAUUGGAUACCCCCAUAGUGUCUUUCAGAACCCCUCCUAAAAAAACAAGCUAAUAUUUUAACAUUUUAAUCAAUGGCAUUUCUUUAGGAUGCUCAUUAGUCUUUAAGUUUAAAGUUUUUUUAUCCUCUUAUGUUUGUGUACUAAAUAUUUGUUCAUUGAUUUUUUAUGUUUUUUCCUGUGAAGCCAUUGUGUUGCAUCCAUGUAUGAAAUGUGCUGUAUAAAUAAAGCUUGAUUUGAUUUCAU